AUGGUAGGAAAAAACUUAAAGCAUACCCCUUUAGCACCAAAAAGAGAACAACGACUUAAUCCAUACCUGGAAGAAUCAGAGGAGGAACCUGAAGCAGACCCUGAGGAGAAGUCUGAAGAGGAACCCGAGGAAGACCCCAAGGAGGAAUCUGAAGGGGAACCUGAGGCGGAAGCCAAAGGCGGACCCGCCGAGCUAGUGGUGGACCAGGAGGAGGAAGAAGCCGAAGGAGAUCUCAAGGAAGAUCCCAACAAAGACGAAGAUGGUGAUUCGGACGCAGAGUCCGAAUUCAUCAACCCCCAUUAUCCGAUUAGGGUGCCUGCUUAUCGGGUAGGCCCCACUGGUCCUACACCCCCCUGGGGUAUCGAACUUUGGAGGUGGAGCAGGCAUCAGGGACAGCAACCCCCGUUCGGCAUGUCACCCGAGUUCUAUGACCCGAGGGAUGGAGGACAGACCGAUUGUGCUCUUCUGGUCAUGGUGAGACGAUUGCAGAACACAGGCGACCUAGCUCAGAGCACCACUGAUCAGAUGCACCAGAUGUGGACUAGGGUCAAGCGCACAGAGCAGGAAACAUGA